AUGGCGUUCACCCAGCAUGGGAUCGGUUCCUCAGCUGCCUCUUCAGGAAUCAACUCCCCAGCUCCAAGUGUCCCAACUGUGACCGACGCGCAAACAUCCAAAGCUUCGCCCGCUCCCAGUGUCCCUACCACAACAGGCGAACAACGAUCCAAGCGAAAUAAACGAGACAGUCGCAAAAAGCGUGAGGCCAAGGGACUCGAUACAGAUGUCGCUGCGCCGCCUCCUCGAAAAAAGGCAGCUCUAGCGGCUGCAGCUUCGGGGAGACCGUCUAACUUGUUGUCUAUGCUUAGACCUGCGCUGCUAGCUGAGCCUCGAACGUCAGAUUUAAACCCACCGCAACCCAGACAGAUGAACUACUUGUGUAGCAAGUCGUCGAAUAUUAUAGGACAGAGCUGGGAUUUUUAUGAGGUGGUUGAUAAACUCACCAACAAGAACGGGUUUCGAUAUAGCUACGCGAUUUCCGAUCCAAAUUUUACGAAUAUAAAAUAUCGACAGACUGAUGUGGCGCCUUAUCAUGCUCGUUUUAGCUUUGAGGAUUCACCCUCGGCAAUUGCGUUUACAAAAGACGCUUUGGCAGUUACGACGACUGAUGCAUGGCAUUCUGCUCGAGCGAAUGUUUGUGCGCGAGAAGGUGCAUAUUAUUACGAAGCGAAAGUGAUUAGUGGUAUUGUUAGUGAUCCACAGCCUACCGCGACCGAGGGAAACACUUCUACUGCUCCUUCCAGAGGCCAUGUCCGGCUUGGAUUUGCGCGACGAGAAGCAGAACUAGACGUUAACGUUGGAGUUGACUGUUAUGGAUAUGGCAUACGUGAUGUGAACGGCGAGGUCAUCAAUCGGAUGCGUUGUGAACACUUUUUUGACAAAGGCGAGAAUAUCGCCGAGGGCGACGUCAUCGGUCUCCUUAUAACGCUACCUCCUCUAUCAGUCCAUAAAAAGGUUGUCGAAGGAACAUACGACCCGCCUCCCGAGAAACAAACCACCAAUUCCCCUACAGUCACAAACUUCAUUCGAGACCGGGUACCGUUUCACCUCAAAUCCGAUUUCUGUUGGCAACAAUCCAACAUAUACCCAUCAAAACAACUCCGCGACUACGCCUUUAAUCUAAAAGAAACGCCAACAUUCGGACCUCCAUCUCCAUUCAACAGCGAAGACCCAUCACUGCGCACUUUACCUGGUUCGAGUAUCACCAUAUUCAAAAACGGCGUGAAAAUGGGCACACCAUUCAAAGAACUCUUUGCAUUCUUACCUCCAGCCAGCCGACUCACAAACGGCACCAAUAAUUUGGGUAUAGGUGAACGCGAGAAUGGAGAUGAUGGCAUGAUUGGCUAUUUCCCUACAGUCAGCUGUUAUGGUGGUGGAGCUGUUGAAUGCAGAUUUGAGCCUCCGUGGUGGUUUGGCCCUCCGCCUGUUGUUGGGGGGGAGGAUGAUAUAAAGGACGAAAAGGAUGAAGACCAGAAGAUUCAGGAGAGAACGACUGUUGUGAAACCCUUUGGCGAGCGUUUCAAUGAUCAGAUCGUGGAAGAUAUUGUGGCCGAUAUAAUCGAUGAAAUUGAAGCAAGCAUGUUAUGGGGCAGUGAGACUCUGGAUAAUGACAUGCCUUCAACAGGCACAAAUGACGCCGGCGCUGCUACCACGAAAACAAAUGCCAAAAACCCUCGUCCUAGUCCUGGAAACACGUCUGCCGCUGCUGCCCCGACAGUAAUAAGCACCGAAUUCGUGAAUGGCUCGCCAUCAACCGUCGUGCCUGCAACCGGCGAGCAAACUGUGGAUGUUGUGCAACAGAGUGUUGGCGCGGUCUAUCAAGCUGACAUGUCGGCGACUGAUGCGCCGCCUACUGUUACAGUGAGUGAAGACACGCAAGGGCAAGAGGCGAGUACAGAAGCGAAUGGGGAUGAGGAUCACCAUAUGUCUGGUAUAGAUUCGGAGGCUGCAACUGGACAGCAUGAUGAGGAUGUUGAGAUGACUUAG